AUGAAACUCACUGUGAAGUGCUCGAUGGGUGCAGAGACCAACACCACGAAAGAGCUUGUGAUACACAAUCCCGCGGCGACGCUGAGCAACCUGCGCGCUGCCAUUGCCAUCAACUUCCGCCUACCAGUUCACGGUUUUCGCAUGGUUCACGACGCCGUGGAGCUUAGCUGUGAGAAGGUGCUGCUACGUGACAGCGGCAUCCGCGACGGCGACGUCAUCGUCGUGGACGGCAAGCGCGAGCGCGAGCGGGAGGGGGCGGGGGCGGCGACGGACAACGCGCUGGCGCCGAAGCGGGCGGUGGAGGUGCCGCUUGGCUGCCAGCAGCCGUCCGGGCCACGGCAGGCGGUCGCCGCCCCCACGCCUGCGACGACGACCUCCGCGACGCCCGCGUCUGCCGAGCCGACUGCCGUGGAGGGAAGUGGAGAGGCGGUUGGGACGCCGGCUGUUCAUGGCGAUGGCGCGGCGGCGGCGGCGGCGGAGGAAGAGGAGGAGGAGGAAGAUGAGGAAGAGGAAAACGGCCCGGCGGAGUUGCUGAGCCACCUCCUUGGAACGGUUCCAAAUUUAGUGGAAAUGCGGCGACAGUUCCUGACCAAUCCAGCUGAAAUUAUGCGUCAAAUCCAAGAGAGCGACCCGCGACUCUUGGAGCUCAUUACGGGCAACUACCAGGAGUUCCUCGACCUUGUGAACAACGAGGAGCUUGUGGCGACCCUGCAGCGGGAACAGGAGGAGACGCAUGCGGCGCUCUUUGACGAGGAGGAGGAACUUGACGAGGAGACGGAGGAGGCUGUUAACUCCCUUUUAGCGCAGUUCAUGGCGGGCGGCGACUUCUCGGAGGAGGCGGAAAACGGGACUUCUGAGACGCAGAACUACCUGGAGCGGCCACUGACGGAGGAGGAGGAGGCGAAGAUCGAGCAGUUGAUGCAGCUGGGCUUCACCAGGGACCAGUGCAAAGUGGCCUUCUUCAAGGCCAAGCGAAGCCUGGACCGUGCGGCAAACCUGCUCUUUGAGGAUCCUCCACAGUUGUAG